CCGGAACUAUCAUCUCUCCUCGCUUGGCCGUUGUACCCAUCAUCGAUUGUGAGUAUGGUGUCGUUUUCCCGCUAAGCGUGUUCACCCGCGACCUCAUGGCCCCUCCGACAAAGUCACGCGCAGUCAAUUGCACUUCUGCUCUUUCCUGCAGUCGGAAAGCCUGUUGUAAGCAUGACCGUUGCAGCUGCGAUCUGAAGCUGGAGCAACUCCCGCAAGGCAGGCUUGGCAGGCGCGCGGCUUUCUGACUCUUCCUUCGUCGUUGAUUCUUUGCACUUCAGCUUCACCAACAGUGGCCCGCCAUUCCGCCUCGACCUCUCCAUGGACAAUGGCGCCGCGCUUGUCGACAUGUUUACCCUUCUACACAACCGGACUAGCCCGGCUCCAGGCAACAUUUCCGGCCAACGACUCCUCGACCUCGUCGUUGCCAUUGAUGGCUACGACGCAAAGGACGCCCUCGCCCAUCUCCUGCAGACCAUUGUGGCCAACGUCAACACAGAUGAGACCUGUGGCUGUCACCGAGAGUUGGCAAUCACAAUCCUCGACGCCUUGACUGACUACGGUCUGUACACUCCUAUGAUCGCUUCGACUCACUGGCAGACCUCUGCCAUGCGAUCCGCACCUUUGCGUUGCCAGAAUCAGUCGGAUGCACCAUCCUUGGGCCAAUCUACGUGGAAGCGCGCCAGAGGUAUGUUAGGCUCAGGGACGAUACCUUGCGUUUCGAAAGCAAUGCCGUGUGCCUUUUCCUGCAUCAGACGGGGCUACAGUAUCACCUGCUGUGGAGACUGCGCCUUGCUCGACGAGGAGAUCGAGAACAUGAGCAGACAUACCGGUGAGGAGCUGUACUGAAGUUUGGUGAGGACAGCUUUGGGAACAGGAGAUGUGGGAUAAAGACAACACAGAAGACACCGAGACAUAACGACAUAGCAGCUUGCAAGCAAAAACACGAUAUGCUCUGCACACUUACGAGGCUUGAAUGCCCAGUUUAAGGCCCGUGCAGACGAGCUGAAGGAGGAGAACGCUGCAGCCGCAACUCACCACAGGAGACCGCGCCGAGGACGAAGAGGUAGUUGGCCAAGUGUUAGGUCAACCAGCCACCCCACCACGUCGUCGCAGACGUCGUGACACGCAGCGGAGCCCAACAAAUGGCGAGGAGUUGGCGUGAAGCAUAUGCUGUCACAUGCGGCGAAUGGUGGCGCAAAACGUGCAUGAAACCACAAGAUGCUUGGAGACCAAGCCAGAGCGCGCAUGAAGCGGCAUGUGGUGAGAUGCAUGUCUCACGUAGAUUCGUAGCUCU